AUGGAAGAUCGCCCUCGGACCAUCAGCACAACCAGCAGCACUUACACUGUGUCCUUCAGCUCGACGGCCAGGGGCUAUGACAAGGCUUUCCUUAAGACCCUGCCGGGACUCCUCAUGAUCGCAGAGAUUAUACUUGGGCUGUUGGUCUGGAUAUUGAUAGCGAGUACAGAAUAUUUCUCUGUCUCUGCCUUUGGCUGGGUGAUGUUCGUGGCAGUCUUUUACUGGGUGCUCACAGUCUUCUUUUUGAUCUUCUACAUCACCAUGGCUUAUACGAAGAUUCCUCAGGUACCAUGGACCACAGUGGGUUUGAGUUUUAAUGCCAGUGCUACUUUGAUGUACCUCUUAGCCUCAAUUGUGGAUGCAAUUUCAAUAAAACAAGCUCAAGAAGGUACACACAACUACAACAGCUGGGUGGCUUCCACGAUUUUUGCUUUUAUAGUCACGCUCUGUUACUGUGGCAAUGCAUAUUUGAGCUUUCAGACUUGGAAGUCAAGAGAUCAAGGACCAUAAUGGGCUAGUAUUCUAAAAGCGCCUGUUGGUAACUAGAGAAAAUUUGGUG